UUUUCAACGAUCUUCUCUGAUGGCUCGCGCUCGGUCUGACCUGAGAAGCGCCUGCCUGGGUCGGAUGACCGGGGUGGAGCUAGGCGAGACAAGUCACAGGCCAAAUGGAAUCUCGCUUUUCUUCCUGUUCUUCCCUGCACCAUCACGGUAUUCUCUACAGGCAGUUGAGGAACGCUCAAGGCUAACACACUGACGAGAAUGUCAAGCACCGAUACGAACCAGAAGCGCUGGGUGCUCUAUGGCUUCAUCAUGGGCUGCUCUGGCCACCAGAGCCCCGGCCUCUUCUCGGUCCCAUCGGACAAGAGCGUAUUCCACAACAAGCUCAGCUACUGGACCGAUACUGCCAAGCUGGCCGAGCGCGGCAAGCUCGAUGGCCUCUUUCUUGCAGACGUCUGGGGCGGCUACGAUGUCUACAACAAGAAUCUCAACGCGGCCCUCUCGAGUGGUGCCCAGUUCCCCGUCAUUGAUCCCCUCAUGACCAUCUCGGGUAUGGCGGCCGUGACGAAAAACCUCUCGUUUGGCAUCACGGCCACUACGUCGUACGAGCACCCAUAUGCACUGGCUAGGCGCUUCUCCACCCUGGACCACCUCACAAACGGAAGGGUCGGCUGGAACGUCGUCACGGGCUACCUCGACUCGGCCGCCCGCCAGUUUGGCAAGAGAGACCAGGAGUUGCACGCCAAGCGAUACGAGAUUGCCCAUGAAUACAUGGACGUCGUUUACAAGCUGUGGGAGUCAUCGUGGGCCGAUGACGCCGUCGUUCAAGACAUCAAAAAGCCUCUUUACACUCGUCCUGAACGUGUUCGCGACAUCAACCACAAGGGCAAGUACUUUGAGAGCGUCCCUGGUCCCCACAUCUGUGAGCCCAGCCUGCAGAGGACCCCCGUCAUUUUCCAAGCUGGAAGCUCCGGACCAGGCCUGGCUUUCGCAGGCAAGCACGCAGAAGUUAUCUUUGUCGCUGCCCACCGACCCGACGUCGCUCGCUCCCGCGUCGAGGCUGCCCGCAAUGCCGCAAAAGAGGCUGGCCGUAACCCAGCAGAACUCAAGGUGCUGGCUCUCCUGUGCCCGAUUAUCGCGGAGACGGACGAGCUCGCAGAGAAGAAGCACAAAGAGCUGUUUGCGCAUGGUAGCGACGAGGGUGCCCUUGCCCUCUUUGGCGGCUGGACAGGCAUCGACCUUGGACCCUACGGAGAGGAUGAAGAGCUGCGAAACCUGCCUGAGGGAAAUGCCAUCAAGUCGGCCGUCGAGGGAUUCGCGCGCCAGGAUCCUUCAGUGCAGAAAUGGACAAAGAGGGCCGUGGCGGAUCUGAUCAAGCUCGGUGGUCUCGGCCCAAUCGUCGUGGGAAGCCCCGCUUCGGUGGCCGACCAGCUCGAAUCGUGGAUCAAGGAUGCUGGUUGCGACGGUUUCAACUUUGCAUACGCCACUUCGCCUGGCACAUUCAUCGAAAUCGUCGAUCUGCUUGUCCCCGAGCUGCAGAAGAGGGGCCACGUCUGGCCCGACUAUGAUGCACCGGGCAAGGCGCCCGCCAACUGGCCUGGCGGCAAGAAGACCGAGGGAGCUCCCAAGGGCUACGGCGAAGACGAAGUGCUGGGCCUUACCACCCGCGAAAAGCUCUACGGAGCAGGACAGCGCCGUCUUCGUGACGACCACUACGGCUCUAAAUUCAAGUGGCACGCUGGACAGGACGCCCCCAAACUUGACUGAGCGAGGGUCCUUGUCUCCUUUUGGGAGGAAAAUUUGAAAGAAAUAUCACCAUGAAUGC